AUGCGUAUAAACAACACUUUCUCUGCUGGUUUGCCUAUUGUUCAUUCGAAUGCAGAGUUUUCAGCUUUAGUGAACUCAAACACUUUAGCAAACAUAAACUUAACCUUAGUUGACGCAAACUUUGUUCCUGUAAAACUUUUAUGUCCUAUGUAUUUGUCAAUGACGGCAGAAAGUUUCGAAUUGGAAGAUGCAACUGGUGAAAGUAUUGUAUUACAAGAACAACUUCAACAACAAAUAGCUCAAGAACAACAAAUGCAACAAAUAGCUCAAGAAUAA